CAUAUCGAUUAAUUCAUGUAUAAGUAUCGAUUAAUUCCCACCCCUAAUGCACAGCUGUUGGAAAAUCGUGUUAUUUACCACUUGCAUUUUUGGAUAAUUGCCCUAUUUCGGCAUUAAAACACAUUAUUAGAGCACUGAAGACACAGCCAUGUCGGAGGACCAUGGCAAAGACUACACAUUGGAGGCCGACUCCGAGCUGCGCUUCGAAAUCGAGCAGAAGGACGCUAAAGUGCUGGUGUCCUUGGUCAGCGGAUUUGCGGAGCUGUUCGGCACGGAGCUGGUAAAGAAAAAACAGUACGAGUUCGGCAUGGGCGCCAAGGUGGCCAUCUUUACGUACCAGGGCUGUGUGCUCCACGUCUCCGGCAAAAUGGACGUGUGCUACAUCUCCAAGGAGACACCGAUGGUGCAGUACGUCAACUGCCACGCUGCACUGGAGCAAUUCCGCAUGGAGGCCGAGGAGAAGGAUCGCCACGGACCAGUUGCCAUGGUCGUCGGUCCCAUGGACGUGGGCAAGAGCACUCUCUGCCGCAUUCUGCUCAACUACGCUGUGCGCGUGGGCCGUCGGCCGCUGUACGCCGACCUGGACGUCGGGCAGGGCUCCAUUGCCAUUGCCGGCAGUGUGGCAACCAUCCUUAUCGAGCGGCCGGCAAACGUGGAGGAGGGAUUCGCCAAGACAGCGCCGCUGGUCUAUCACUUUGGCCAUAAGUCGCCCAGCGGCAACAGCAUCCUGUACAACGCCGUGGUUUCGAAAAUGGCCGAGGUCACGUUGCAUUCUCUGAACAGCAACAAGCGAACAAAAAGUUCCGGAAUUAUCGUAAACACUUGUGGCUGGGUAAAGGGUUCCGGCUAUGCGCACCUGUUGCACGCGGCCAAAGCUUAUGGCGCCUGCGCCAUCUUCGUUCUGGACCAGGAGCGAUUGUACAACGAGCUGCUACGUGAUGUACCCAAGGGUGUUCAUGUGGUACUGCUGCCCAAGAGCGGCGGUGUCGUUGAGCGCAGCAAAGAGCUGCGGCACGAGGCGAGGGAUCAGCGCAUCAAGGAGUACUUCUACGGCAACGCAAGGGCGCCCUUCUAUCCGUUCAGCUUCGAGGUGAAGUUCCAGGACCUGCGACUGUACAAGAUCGGGGCACCGCCGCUGCCCGACUCCUGCAUGCCAAUUGGAAUGAAGGCGGAGGAUAACAAGACCAAAGUGGUGGCUGUUACUCCCACGCCCGCACUCAUCCAUCAUGUGCUGGCACUCAGCUUUGCCGAGUCCGUGGAGGAUGAAGUGAUUGGCACCAACGUGGCCGGCUUUUGUUGCGUUACCGAAGUGGAUAUGGAAAGACAGGCGGUGAUGUUGCUUUCCCCGCAACCGCGUCCUUUGCCCCCGAACGCGCUGCUCCUGUGGUCAGAACUGCAGUUCAUGGACAAUCACACCUAGCAUUUGUAAAUACUCUACUCUAGAUGUAAUUUAAGAAUUUAUAAAUUAAUGUUCGCGUUACGAAAAUACAGUUUAGAUGUGCAAGCGUGA